AUGAGUGAUUCAUUAGAAACAUCAAGUGAAGAUUCAACUUCUAAUCAUAAUCAGUCAGAUCAUUUUGUACGUAGUCGUUGGUCUCAUGUAUUAGCACUUGCUGAACAACUUAGACACAAUACAGAAGUUCAGAAGAAUGAACAACUACGACAAUAUGCAUUUGAUAUUCCAUUAUCAGAUGAUCGACAUACAUCUUUAACUCAUGUUGCUCAUGUGAAAUCAUUUGAAAAUGCUCUUUUAUUUGCUAAAACUGGCAAUUUUAAUUUGGAUAAUUUAAGUGAAAAAUUUCUCGAUUUAAAACGUACAUUUAAUCAUAUGCUUGAACUUAAUAAAAAUGAUAUAUCACAAGUAGCAUUAGCAACAUCAAUUACAAAAACAGCAUUAUUAAUGAUUUUACGUUCUAUUGAAUCUAUUGUUGAAGUUAUGACAAAAGGUACAAGAAAAUUUCCAACAUUAAAUUCUCUUAUAUCACAUAUACGUUCACGUCAAAAAGAAUUACCAAUUCAUGGUCGACUUCUUGUUGAUUGGUAUAGUGCUGCACAAGUUCUUGAUUUACUGAUCAAUGAUCCUGAUUGGCUUGUACAACCACGAAAAGCACAUUGGGCUAUGAGAGUUUGCAAUGAAACAUUAACAUGGGCACGAGGAGUAUUUAAUGAAAAUUAUCGUACGAAAUCCAGUAGACGACCAAUUUAUGAUCGUGAAGAUAGUAUCAUUGGAUCAGAAACAAAGAAUAAAGACUAA